AUGGCUAAGCACAAGCAGAAGAACCCCACCACCCGCCUCUAUGAAAAGUUGCAAGACAACAACGACCACAGCAAUAAUAAUAACAAUAAUAACAACAACAACAACAACAACAACAACAACAACAAUAAUAAUAAUGACCGAUCUUUGGAACAUCAUUCCCAUGGCCAGGAAAAUAUUCCAGCAAAGACAUCCCAUCUUGGCAAUGGUGAUACAGUGCCCAGGAUUAGACCAAACUUGAUCCCAUCUUCAGACCCAAAGUUGAAGAAACUAUUGGGAAACCCUUUGCCAUUAUAUGAUAAUAUUCAGCAUAGUAAUAAUGAUGACGAUGAGGAUAUCAAAGUGCUCGAGAAGGAAAUUGAGGACGAAAGAAAGAACCACAGCCAUUUGGAUGGUCACGAUUACCCAAACAAGUUCUUAUACAAAGAUUUCAGUAAGGUUAUGACGAGCGUAGAAGCCUCACCAGGAAACUCUCAUGGGAAUGAUAUGAAAUACUUUACCGGAGAGUUAAGGCGACGGAUCUCCAAGAAUCCCGUGCGGCUCAAGACAUUUGGCAGUGAUGGGGAUCAAGCAAUCAUUGUCGAUGAACAGAAAUAUGAAGGAGGACAGAAUAGAGAGUAUGCGGAGAUUGCUAGGAUGCUUUUUGAGCGAGGAUUAGAGGUUGUGCAAUCGAUAAUAGCCAUUUACCUGGUAUUAGUGGUGGUGGUAGUGUUAGUGGUUAUUGCGUUGUUUGGAAUGAAGGGGGAGUCAUUACCUAGUGGUCUGGCCUACGAGGAGUUCUACUUUUAUUACUGA